CUAAAUCAGAACCCGUGGUGCCCGUACGCACCUGGUAAGGAUGGCUACAUGUUUGUAGGCCUCGGAGGAGACGCCGUAAAACUCGUGGAGCCGGAACAGCGCGCGCUCUUUGUCAACGUCUCUGAGGACCAGAAGUCCAAACUGUUCUUUGCCGGAUUUUAUGAGGUAUGCAAGGUGGAGGACGUGACGCUGGAUGAAUGGAAUACAAUACCAGACUAUGUCAAAUCUCAAUAUUCUCAGACCACGAAGGACAAAGUGGCGGAGUGUUCUCACAUGUCUGUCCGGGAUAUCAAGGCGCAAUACGACAUCGGCGUUCGGCGAGCUCCCUGUCGAAGGCUUCGUUUCCUGGGUUUCCGUAACCCAAAAGACCCUUCGCGCGACGCUUACCAGGCGCUAAUCACCCAUUUUGCUACCCCGCCUCGCACUGCGGCCGCCGCCACAAAUAAAAGGAAAAGCGAGGAUCGCCUUUCGAAUGUCAGGAAGACAAGGGUGCGAUUGUCCCUGCCCCAGAGGCCUUGA